AUGGGUUCCGAUUUCACGACCAAAGUUGGCCAUGGGCUGGCCAAAGGCCUAGGGAUCACCCUGCCUUAUCGUGACCCUCUGGGCGCCAAUGCCGACCCGGUGACCCGCGGCGAGUCCAUGUUCUCUGUCGGCACCGUGGAAACUUACUCCUAUGUCGAACCUGAACCUACAUCUGCCGAUUGGCUCAAGGAGCUUUGCCCUACCUGGAGGGAUGUUGGCAAUUAUUUCUACAGACUGUUCCCUUUCCUGACCUGGAUUACACGGUACAACAUGCAAUGGUUCAUCGGAGAUUUGGUUGCUGGCGUGACUGUCGGAGCUGUGGUUGUUCCUCAGGGUAUGGCGUAUGCGAAACUGGCAGCAUUGCCGGUGGAGUUCGGACUCUACUCCUCCUUCAUGGGUGUCUUAAUCUACUGGUUCUUCGCUACCUCCAAGGAUAUCACCAUCGGGCCUGUGGCCGUCAUGUCCACUCUGGUUGGAACCAUCGUCCUUAAAGCCCAGAAAGAGAUCCCAGAUGUCCCGGCCCACAUUAUCGCCUCCGCAAUGGCCAUCAUUUGCGGUGGAAUCGUCUGCGCCAUGGGUCUCCUGCGUCUCGGUUUCAUCGUCGACUUUAUUCCUCUUCCGGCCAUUUCCGCCUUCAUGACUGGAUCUGCUCUCAACAUCUGUUCCGGUCAGGUGAAAGACUUGCUCGGAGAGACCGCCGAUUUCAGUACAAGAGAUGCAACCUACGAGAUCAUCAUCAACACUCUCAAAAACCUCCCCAGCGCAAAAGUCGAUGCGGCCAUGGGUCUGACUGCCUUGGCCAUGCUCUAUAUCAUCCGCUCUGCCUGCAACUAUGGCGCGAAGAAAUAUCCUCAGCGCGCCAAGACGUUUUUCUUCCUCUCGACGCUCCGAACCGUGUUUGUGAUCUUGUUCUAUACCAUGAUCAGCGCUGCUGUGAACAUCCACCGUCGCAAGAAUCCCGCUUUCAAGCUUCUUGGUUCCGUUCCCCGGGGCUUCCAGCAUGCCGCCGUCCCAGUCGUCAACGCCAGGAUCCUCAAGACCUUUGCUUCGGAGCUACCCGCUGCCGUCAUCGUCCUUCUGAUUGAGCACAUCGCUAUCUCGAAGUCGUUUGGCCGUGUCAACAACUACACCAUUGACCCAUCCCAGGAGUUGGUCGCCAUCGGUGUUAGCAACUUGUUGGGCCCCUUCCUGGGUGGCUACCCGGCUACUGGUUCUUUCUCUCGCACAGCCAUCAAAUCGAAGGCCGGCGUGCGGACUCCCCUAGCCGGUUGUAUCACCGCCGUGGUCGUGCUACUUGCCAUCUACGCCCUUCCCGCCAUGUUCUUCUAUAUCCCCAAGUCGUCUCUUUCGGGUGUCAUUAUCCAUGCCGUCGGUGACCUGAUCACCCCGCCCAACGUCGUCUACCAAUUCUGGCGCGUUUCCCCGCUGGACGCGAUUAUCUUCUUUGUGGGAGUCAUCGUCACCGUCUUCACCUCCAUCGAAAUCGGAAUCUACUGCACGGUUUGCAUCUCUGUCGCCGUCCUACUCUUCCGUGUUGCCAAGGCCCGCGGUCAGUUCCUUGGCCGAGUUACCAUCCACUCAGUCGUGGGAGACCACCUGGUGCAGGGUGAUGGCAAGUAUGGUUCGGGCAAUGGAUACACCCCCGCCGAUGAUCAGGGUCGCUUCCACCGGUCAAUCUUCCUUCCCAUUAACCACACUGACGGCUCGAACCCGGAUGUCGAAGUGCAGCAGCCCUACCCUGGCAUUUUCAUCUACCGAUUCUCCGAAGGAUUCAACUACCCCAACUGCAACCACUACACCGAUUACCUCGUCCGGACCAUUUUCCAGCAGACUCGCCGCACGAACCCCUUCUCCUACACCAAUCUCGGUGAUCGGCCGUGGAAUAACCCCGGCCCUCGUCGCGGCAAGGAGGAACCCGACCGGUCGCAUCUGCCGACCCUGCGCGCCGUCAUCCUCGAUUUCUCUUCCGUCAACAAUGUCGACGUGACGGCGGUGCAGAACCUGAUCGACGUUCGCAACCAGCUGGAUCUCUAUGCCGCGCCUCAACCCGUGCAGUGGCACUUCGCCCACGUUAACAACCGCUGGUCCAAGCGGGCUCUUGCCGCCGCAGGCUUUGGCUACCCUACUCCAACCUCGAAAGAUGGCUUCCACCGCUGGAAGCCCAUCUUCAGCGUCGCGGAAAUCGAAGGCAAGUCCUCUGCCGCUGCGCUCGCCGAACUCGUGAACAAUGAGCAGGUGCACAGGGCGGAACACAAGAUUGACGACAUCGAAGAGGGUCUGAAGUCCAACUCACAUGCCACGGAGCGCGAGACGCACGGCAUCGAGACCUCGUCCGACGGCAGCAGCCACCAGGAAGACAAGCUGCAGCGCGAUCUGACGGACAGCGAGGCGUACCGGAACCGCCGCAAGGUGGCUCUGGUGCAGGGUCUCAACCGGCCCUUCUUCCACAUCGACCUGACCAGUGCCUUGGAGAGUGCACUGGCCAAUUCGGCGCAGGAUCUUCAUGUGGAUCCGGCCGAAGUGAGUGCCACGACUGAUGCUUGA